AUGACGACGACGACGACCGCGACGACGGCGACGACGGCGACGAGAGGACGAGGGCGGCGCGCGCUAUCCACGACGACGACGACGGCGACGCGCGCGCGCGGGCGCGGCGCGACGGCGCGCGCGGCGCGAUUCGAGCGCGAGGGGGGGUUCAGACGACGACGGGGACGCGCGAACGCGCGAACGGACGGCGCGACGAGCGAGGACGGGGAGGAGGAGGGGCGGACGUUUCUGGGACGCACGGGACGACGCACGGGGGACGCGGAGUCGAUCGCGAAGAACUACGCGGAGAAGGAAGCGGAGACGCUGGCGAAGAGCGCGGGGAGGCAGUAUGCGUUUGGAAAACCGCAAUCGCCGAAAGAGACGUGGGAACCGUUCGCGAGGGAGGCGAGGAUGGGGUUGGUGGAGGAGUAUCGACGCGGCGCGAAGGGCGACGCGGUGACGGCGUCGAUGCACCUGGCGGUGGAGGAUGACGCGGUGCAAGGCCGCACGAGCGUGUGUCUGCCGAGGGAGGCGUAUACGAAGCGCAUGGAUAAGCUCGUGAAUGAGUUCGUGCAGAGAGAUUUGUCGUACAUGAGCGCGGAAGAUAAGGCGGACGCGGACAAGAUGAUUGAAGCCGUCGAGCGAUACCUGUUCGAGGAGCAGCAAUAUCGCACACCGACUGGGUGGAGGGAGGCGUUUUCGCCGUACAGGACUUAUUUUCAUAACGUUAUAGCGCAAAAGGUUGGUAUUCCCGCCACCUUGGCGGCGAUUUACAUCGGAUUUUUGGAGAGGUUGAAAGCCAAAGGCGAACUCGACGCGUGCGGAGACAUCAAGGUGUUGCUUCGCGUGCGACGCGGGGCGGACCCAACGCCGCGCCGACCGCAGGGAAUCAAAGCCAGCGACGCCGCGCCCGAUGGAUCGGUGGUUUGCACGCCAGACAUGGUCGUUCGCAUGCAGCUCAUGGCGCUUAAGCGCGCAUUUUGGCCGUGGGAAUGGGACGAUUCGCGAGACUCGGGAUUCCUUCUCGCCGUCGAAGCCGCGGCGUACGGCAAGGAUGAUCGCAUGAACACCGCCGCGGGAGUGGUGGGAAUCAUCCAGCCCACCGGUAGACCUUUUGGGGACCUUCAAAUGGCCCUGUUAGUCACCGAAAGACUCGCCGAGCUCGAUGAAAACGUCGGAUACGAGCAACGCGAUAUGGGCGUUUUGCUCUAUCACAGCGGCUACCGCCGCGACGCCCUCGACGCCCUCGUGGCGUUCGAAAACUGGAAAGCCACGACCAAACUCGCGGCGGUCGAGAUCGACGACAGUUCUUCCUACUCCAUCAACGCUCCCACGCCCGAUUUCGCGUGGGAAUCCGGCGACCCGGUCGAAGCCGCCCGUCUCGCCCUGCGAGAGGACGAGGCCUUAGCCAAAGUCAUCCUAGAACUCAACCGCGACGUCCUCGAGCGUCAAUUCGACGUCUAA